AUGAGCCAAGCGUCUGCAUCUCCUCACUUGCAGGACCACAGACUAGCACCCGACAUCGCUCUGGCCAAUGAUCUGGACAAGGCCUCUCAGCUUGUUGUAGAAAUAAAACGGAAGGCCUUGGACGUCGAACACCUACUCCAAGAGGAUAUACGAGCCUCGCAGAGCUCUUCCUACGGAGCUUCCACACAUUCUGCAGACCUUACAUCUUCACGAUCUCCGCAGCGAAACUUCAGUCUCUCGCCAUCGGCCUCACGGCCGCCGUUGUCCAUAGAGGAGAGGCAAAUUUUAUCAGAUAAAAUAUAUCAACUAGAGGACGAUCUUAGGAUUGAAAAGCUGAAAAACAAAUCUCUCUGCAGUACGUACACAACGGAUGUCGCUGAACUCAUGGCUCAAGUCUCGGAUUUAAAGGCAUCUAGUGCAGUUAAUAACACUCAGGCAUUUCUUCAUCAAAAGCCCCAUGGUCUUUCUAAUAGUGUAAUGAAUGCAAGCAUGCUUGGAUUGCAAGAUUUGGGUAAAAGUGUGGGUGAUAGGCUGCUUCUCAGCGGCUAUUUUCGUGAUGAUCCUCCAAAUAUAGCUCUUUCUGCCGAUAAUAGUGUCACUGGCUCAUCCCUAGCCAACUCUACCACUGUGCCACCUUUGGGAACAACCCUCACGGCGAGUAGGGUUAAUCCCGGCUUUAUGGGUCGCCUUGGGCCGGAGUACCCCGAUGUUUAUGAUCACAGAUAUGCCACGAUCAGUGCCCCCGACCAUGAUAGAAAUUCAGCUAGGGUGGAUGUACUUAUUACCGAUUCCACAACCUCUGUGGGGCCCCCAUUUGCUAUGGUCCAUCCUGACUUGGAUAAGUCAGUGCCUGAACCAGCAGCUGACCCUGUUUCUCUAUCAGUCCCUGCAACACCUGGCCCGAAAAGCUUCCUCUCUGUCAUUUCCUUUAACCCAGCGGUCAUUUCAAACCACCAGCGCAUCCUGAAUAUGAUGGCCCGCUCCAAACUUGGAGCAAUGGCACAGCUUAACGCGAUUACUGCAUCUAUGACAGAGAGUGCUGCCCUCGCAUCUACUUAUACAGGCAUAGACCCAAGACUUACAAUGGAAACACCUACAGGUCACGUAGAAGGACAUAACUACACUCUAACUCCGCUAACGGAUUUCGUGAAUCGCCAGCAAUCACCCACCACGUUAGACAACCUUACUACAAGGUCUAACAACACACGCACCGAACACUAUGAGCGCCAGCUACAGACACCAGGCCCACGCAGACCCAACUAUCAAGUUAGAGUAGAUGCCAUGAGCAGCUCACUAAAGACUCCCAUACUGGGGCAGGAUCUUGUUAAUCCAGCACUAAUCCAGAACUUGGAAUUUGUUCGCUUAUACCUCUCCAACACUUUUGAAAAGAACGAUGCUGUCAAAAGCCUUUAUAAUUCAAUAGUAUCUAUGCCAGAGUUUCAGUCUGCCGUGCAAAUAAUGACUGAAAGCUGUGUUGAGGAGGCACUAACUGCGACAUCUUUACUUGAAGUAAAGUCUGUAGAAGCAGAGGUUCUUAAGUCGCGCAUUAUAGAGCUCGAAGCCACAGUGGCACAGACCCUCAAAGAUCAAUUAGCCAAUGUCAAGGAGGUGGCACAUCUAAAGUCUAGCCAUUGGGAGCACGAAGGGAGAGGAAAUAACGCAGCGAAUCCACUGGAGUCUAGCGUUACAACGGUGAGCCAGCUUGAGCACAAAGCACCACUGGUUAGUGAUGCGGAUAAAGUUAUUGCAAGCUACGAAUCAACAAUUGAUAAUCUGACCCAGAUGGUAAAUUAUAGUGCAGCGGAAGCACUGAGGAUCUCUGUCGAUGAGACCGAGCAGCGACGCGAAAAGGAAGCGUACAAGGCAAAGUUGGAGGCUCUCACCUCCAGCUUUGAAAAGAUAACAAAGUCAAACUAUGAGCUCCAGCAGCAACUAGAUACACUCACUGUUCGAUCAAAGGUCAUAGAGGAUGAUAAAAAGCGCAUAAGAAUCAGCCAGUUACAUGACGAAAUCCAGACAUAUAGAGCAGAGAAUAGAGAGCUCAAAGCACAGUUGGACAGAAUAAAGGAGGCUGCAAAAGCAUAUCAGGGUGCGACCUCAGACGAUAUUCCCGUUGACCUGAUGAUUCAAACGCUUGUUGACUGCAUUGCUACAAAGUCAGCCGACUUACGACAAGUGGAGCAGGACAAUAAGAAACUUAGAGAAGAAAAUGCUAAACUUGUUACUGAGAUGGAUUCCUUGCGCGCACAGAUGCAAGAGUUAAGAAAUCAGCAAGACGGUGCUGCGAAGAGCUUUAAUGAUAUGCGCCUGCUGUACAUCGAAGAAAACAAGAUACUAAAAGAGGAAAACACGCUCCUAGAAAAAGAGAAGAGGCUGAGCGAAUACAAGAAUGGUCUUCUCCAAAAGAAGCUGAAGACUCUAAGCGACCUCAGUGAGUGUGAAUACACCCACGGAAACAUGGUUGAAACCAGCCCCCUGCAAAGCGGUCUUCAGUAA